GCGAUAGUUUGGUAAAUCAUGUGUUUGUUAGUGGAGUGGAUAUAACAACACACUAGAAAGCAGAUCGGCUGUGUAGCUUUUCUGAUUUUGAGCCUGCUUCUACAGCUUUUUCCACGGCACGGAGAGACGUGCACUUAUUCAAAUAAUUCGCAUUCGCCGCAUCUGUCUGUAAAAGUCUAGAAGAAGUGGUACAUCGGCUGACGCAAGCGAGUCUUAUGAAUUAACUCGGCUCUGCGUUCGAGAGCCAUGACGGGCUUCACAGAGGGUGCCCUGGUAAAGAAGCUGUGUGAGCUGAACGCCUCGCAGCAGAGCAUCCAGACGCUGUCCCUCUGGCUGAUCCACCACAGAAAGCACCACACGGUAAUCGUCAAAGUGUGGAUGCGCGAACUCGUAAAAGCUAAGGAUGGGCAGAAACUGACGUUCAUGUACUUGGCCAACGACGUGAUACAAAACAGCAAGAAAAAAGGCCCAGAGUUUGGCGACGAGUACAGAGGCACCCUGUCCAGAGCGUUCGAGCACCUGAGCGCGGCAGCCAAGGACGAAAAGACAAAACAGGGGCUGCUCAAAAUACUCAAGGUCUGGGAGGAGCGGGGCGUCUAUGAGCCCAAGCUGAUCAAGGAAUGGCGGAGUUUCAUCACUAAGAGCAGCAGCAAGGUAGUGACGCCUGAGACGAAGGUAGCAGGCGCCGCUCAGGCGGUGGAAAACGGCGCCGGAACGUCUGCCAAAAAGGCAAAACCUGAAAAGGAACGGCGGCAUUCCGAGACGGUGGUAGAGGUCGACGGCAAGACCGAGUCACACAUCAUCCUUUCCCCGGCACAUAAUCCACCUGGCGAUCCUCCCGAGCCAGAGGAACUAGUCAAAGCUUUGCUGGAUUUGGAAAGAUCUGCGUCUAGCGAUGCGGCUGUCAGAGAAAAAAUUGCCAAUCUCCCCCCGGAAGUGUCCAGACUCGACUUAUUAACUAAACUAAGAGACAAGGACGAAGCGCAGCAGCUCAUCAACAGGGUAAGCGAGGCCCUAAACCUGCUGAACGACUAUAAUGCUCGUCUAGCAGCUGAAAUGGAGGACCGAAAAAAAUUAAAGUCGAUGCUCCACGAUUUUCUUCACGCGCAGAAAGAACUUUUGCUUCAGGCAGAGGAGCGACACGUUGAAUACAUCGAGAAACUAGCCAAGGUACAGCAAGUGAAAGAAGAACUCAAGUCGCACCUGCAGAACUUGCCCGAAAUGAACGCUGAGGUGACAGGAAGUUUAGCGCCACUCCCCUCCGCUGGUGACCUUUUCCGCAUGAACUGAUUUGUACUAUUUGAGCAACCUGCUGGAUUUUAUUUCUAAAGAGGAUUAAAACUACGUAUUUGCUGCUGCUACACCCAAAGUAAGACAAAUAAAGGCACAGAUCUACGCUGUAAUAUUUACAGACAUCCAA